AUGGCUAUCUCCAAGAACUUACCAAUUUUGAAGAACCACUUCAGAAAGCACUGGCAAGAACGUGUCAAGGUGCACUUCGACCAAGCUGGUAAGAAGGUCUCCAGACGUCACGCCAGAGCUUCUAAGGCUGCCAAGAUCGCUCCAAGACCAUUGGACUUGUUGAGACCAGUCGUCAGAGCUCCAACUGUUAAGUACAACAGAAAGGUUAGAGCUGGUAGAGGUUUCACCUUGGCUGAAAUUAAGGCUGCUGGUUUGACUCCUGCUUACGCCAGAACCAUUGGUAUUGCUGUCGACCACAGACGUCAAAACAGAAACCAAGAAAUCUUGGACUUGAACAUCCAAAGAUUGAAGGAAUACCAAUCUAAGAUCAUCGUCUUCCCAAGAAAGGGUAAGGCUCCAGAAGCUGAACAAACUUUGUCUGCUGCUGCCUCUUUCCCAAUUGUCCAACCAGUUACUGACUCUGAAACCAGAGCUGUUGAAGACAACGGUGAAUCUGCUUACAGAACUUUGAGAUUGGCUAGAUCCGACAAGAGAUACAAGGGUAUCAGAGAAAAGAGAGCUAAGGACAAGGCUGAAGCUGAAGCUGAAAAGAAGAAAUAA